AAGACCUAGAUUGGUAUUUCUUUCCUCUGGUUUUGUGGUGAAACUGGAGCUGGUGGUUUGUUCGGGCGAUUCACCCAUGCAGAGAUAAAUGAAAGGAGAAAGAGAGAGCGCAGGGAAGAGAUGAAGGCAGACAGCUGUGUUUUUGUGUUGCUAUUUUGAGCGUCUGGCCACUGCUCUACUCCCCUGGUCUGGCCCGGCCUAUUUCUGUCCUGGGCUGGUCCUGCUGCUAUUCUUGGCACCUGAGAGAGAGAGAGAGAGAGAGAGAGAGAGAGAAAGAGACAGCGCGGUUAGGAAGAGUAACACAGAGAGAAAGCGUGAGACAGAGCUGCUUCAGUUUCCUGUGCAGAGGUUGAGAGGCAGGAACAGAGAGUUGUGACGUCUCCUCGUUCAUCUACCUGAUGAAACCCAGCAGGGACGGCUAGAGGAACAGACAGAGAAACCCCAAGGACUCGGCACAGGACAGGACCGGAGCAGAGGACGCUGGGCCGCUGAAGCUCCAGUUAUGCUGCAGACCAUUUAUGAAUCUGACUCCAGCAUCAGUGCAGAGUGGAGGAGGAGACGCCUGGACUCUCACAGCGCGGCCAUCGCUUCAGGUCAGCAGCUGUCAUGUUGGAGCAACAGUUUGAAGAGAAGCUUGAUGAGCAAUUUAGUUAAAAUUCAGAGGUGUUGUCGACGGUGGGCGGUACGUCGGAGGUCGGUAUGUUGGACUGGGACCGUGAUUCAGACGAAUGGGAGAAGCAGUUACAGCGCGAGCUGCUUCUGAUCCAGAGACAGCAGCAGAUCCAGAAACAGCUGCUCAUCUCUGAGUUCCAGAAACAGCAUCAGAACCUGCUGAGACAACAUCAGGCCCAGCUCGAGGAGCACAUCAAGCUCCAGCAGGCUCUGUUAACUCUCCGGCAGCAGCAGGAGGUGUUCGCUGAGGAGCGUCGGCUGGUGGCUGAGGAGGAGAGAGAGGAGGUGCGGGAGGACGAGAAGGAGCUUCACAGGAGGGAGACACAGAAACACCAGCACCACAGACGGAAGGAGCGAUCUAAAGAGAGUGCGAUGGCGAGCACUGAAGUUCGUCAGAAGCUGCAUGACUUUCUGAUGAGUAAAUCAGCUAAAGACCUGUCAGCGUCCGGCGCCGGUUACCCUCUCACCCACAGCAAACUGUGGUACAGCUCCGCCCACCCGGGUCCUGCAGAGCAGAGCUCGCCUCCUCUAGGAGAGACUCCGCCCACCUUCAAAUACCCUCUGACCUCCGGCCUGGACUACAGAGAGGACUUCCCUCUCAGGAAGACUGCGUCUGAGCCCAAUCUGAAGGUGCGCUCCAGACUCAAGCAGAAGGUUUCUGAGAGACGAAGCGGACCGAUACGCCGCAGAGACGGCAGCGUCCUCGUUACGCCGCUGAGAAAACGAAAUCUCGAACUAACAGAUUCAUCAGCCAAUGAAAGCCCUGCAGGUUCUGGACCGAGCUCACCCAUUGGCUUGUGCAACAAUGAGAACGGAGCGUCAUACCAGUCCAGCACUACUCAAAUCGAGCGCUGUCUGUCUCAGGGGGGCAUCCUACAGACGGAUGGGUCCAUGUCCCUGUUGAAUCUCUACACGUCCCCCUCUCUGCCAAACCUCACGCUGGCUCUGCACCCUGCUCAUGCACACAUCUGCACGGGGACGGCGCUGAAGGAUCGGAGUUCAGAAGGUCUCGCGGCCGCCGCGUCUCCCGUCUCGAUGGAGGCUAAAGUGAGCAACGGACAGCAGGCGCUCCUGCAACACCUCCUGCUGAAGGAGCAGAGACAGCAGAGGAUCAUGUCACCUGUCACAGGUAGUGUUCCUGUGCUCUCCUCAUCUCCUCUGCUGAUGAAGGAGCGUCCGUCAGUGAGUUCCCGCACCAGGUUACCACGGCACCGACCCCUGAACCGGACGCAGUCGGCGCCGCUGCCGCAAAGCACUCUGGCUCAGCUCGUGCUGCAGCAACAGCACCACAACUUCAUGGAGAAACAGAAACAGCUUCACCAGCACAUCCACAUCAGCCAGGUCCUGUCUCAGUCCAUCGAGCAGCUGAGGAAUCCCAGCACCCAUCUGGAGGAGGAGGAGGAGGAAGAGGGAGCGUCUGCGGAGAUCACGUCGCCCCCUGCUGGAGUCAUACGCAGCCGCAGCUUCAGAAACUCUCCGAGCGAACCCGCGGCCGCCCUCGCCAGAGUCAUCUGCCUCAAAACUGAGCCUGAGGAUGGAGAGAGAGAGCGAGAGAGCUGGGACGUGAGAGAGCAGGACACAUGGAGACAUACAGGUGAAGAACAGGAGCAGAGUUCAGCGCAGAUGAAGCCAAGCAACGCCGAACACUGUCUGGAAAGCAUGACGGAAACUGAUGUUUGAAAAAGAGAAAGAAAUGAGGAAAGCAAAGAAGGAAGGGCUGAAUCUCACAAAAUAUGUCAAAAAAUGUUCAGGUCAUAUUUUAUUUAUUUAAAUAAAUGAAUAAAUAAAUUUAUUUUGUUUUUAAUAAAAUAUUAUAAAAAAAAUGUAUAAAACAUUACAAAAUAUUUUUGCUUAAAGAAAAUAUAGCUUUACAGUUUUUUGCAUUGGGAAUUUUUUUUUUUUAAUAUUCUUAAUUAAAAUGAUUAUUAUACAGUUUUUAACUUGAAAGCAAAAUGCUCAGAUUCAUUACAAUACUGAGACAUUACUGUAAUACAGUAAAAAUAAAUACAAAAUUUUAUUUUAUUUAAGCAUAAAUUAAUCAUGGUGCAAAAAUGCCACACAGAAUAUAAUAUUAAUUUUGCAUUACGAAUUUAAAAAAGAAAAUGAAAUCAAAGUGGUAAGACUGUAAUUUACUGUAAUACAGUAAAAAAAAAAUACUGAAUUUGUUUAAGCAUUAAUCAAAGUCAAAUAUUUAGAACAAAUGCUGCCAUUGUACAAUAAAUCCUACAAAUAAUAUAACAUUAAAAAACUUGAAAGAAAAAUGUUCAGAUCCAUUACAAUGCUUAAAAAUGUGGUCAAGAAUUACUGUAAUACAGUGUAAAAAAAAAAAAAGAAAAAAAAAGAAACUAAAUUUUCAUUACUUUUUUAAUUUUAUUUAAUAAAUUCACGUCAGAUAUUUAGAACAAAUAUUGCCACUGUGCAAAAAUCCUACAAAUAAUAUAACAUUAAGAUUUGGAGGGAAAGGCAUGUGUGAUUGUCAUCGCAAUGCAAAACUAAUCUUAAAUCUUACCUAAGAAGUUCCAUUUACUUUAAGCAAAAUAAAGUCAAACGUGAGUGAAAUGUGACCUGGACAUUUAUUUGAGGUUCAACCGAAGAAAGCGAGACAGCGAGUGGUAAGAAAGGAUGAAAGUUAAGUGAAAUGCUGAAAGGAAAGAGAAAGUGGGCAGGUAUGAGAGCGGACAUGUGCUUGUCUGUAUUGUGUCCGUCCUCAGCCCUGUUAGUGUGACACUGUCUGUGACCUCUGACCUCUGUCUCUUCUGCGAUCUCCCCUCUCGGUUGUUGUUGUUGUUGUGUGUGAAGCUAAAUAAAGAAAAGCGAUGACCACAGAGCUUCAUUUUACCCCCCACAUUACACCAACAGUAGCGCAGCAGCUGCUUUUCAUGUGACCAGAGGAAAUGAUGCUAGCGAGCUUUUCUGCUGUCUGUCGGAAAUGAUGCUAAACAACGCCCUUGUCGUGAAACUAUUGCUGUUAUUUGUCUUGUUUCUGGUGGUCAACCAAUGACCAAUGUCAAUGUAAACACAAUGCAAUUUAGUGACGUACCUACAAUUGCUGAAAACACUUGUUGUUUCAAUGAAAACUGUUAGGUCACUCAUUUCUAUUUACGAUCACAGACAAAAACUCACAUUAACAUAGAAGAGAUGGGAUUUAUCACUAAAAGGCAAUGAUUGCUAUGCCCUGCUGUCAUCCAGAGGCCGGAUUCACCAAAAUCUUCUUAAGAAAUAAGUCAAGAAAUUCCUUAAGAUGAACUCUAAAAGUUUGUAAGAAUGUUCCUAAGUGCAGUUCUUGAAAGGUUCUCUGAUAUAUGUACGAGAACUCAAAUAAAUCAAAUAUAUAUGUCUCAUACUCUAUGUGAUGAAGCUGCUGAAAAUUAUAAAUUAAAUUGCCGUAAUUAUAAAAUUAAAAAUGAUUUCCCUUUUAACUCGAUUUGAGGGGUUGUAACUCAAUUUCAAAUUAAGCAAAAAUUAACUUCAUGUAUAAUUAUAAUAACCAACCACUGUUUAUCAAUCAUUGGUGUUAUUUUAGUAGCACUAAAAUUUUAUUUAAAUUUUUUGUUAAUAUUUAGUUAUUUUGUUGUUAUUUUUGUAUUUUGUUGUUAUUUUAAUUUUAAUUGAAGUUUUAGUAAUUUUGUUUGUGUUUUAUUUUGUCAUUUUUAUUCGUUUUCGGAUUUGUUAAAGUGUCUUUCAUUAAUCUUUUAUUAAGUUUUUAUUAAUUUUUAUUUCAGUUUACCAGAAAUGUUGCCUUGGAAACUUGCUGAAAAAAAGUUUGAGUUUAUUUUAUAUUUUAUUUUAUUUCAGUUAACGUAUUCAUCAUUUCAAGUACCGUUUUUUAUUUUAUUUUAUUUAUUACUCUUUUUGCAGUUUUAGUUAUAUUUAUCUAUAAUACCUCUGAUCUCUAGUAAUAGUAGCGAGUUUAUAUAUAUAUAUAUAUAUAUAUAUAUAUAUAUAUAUAUAUAUAUAUAUAUAUUUGGAGGAAGCCAAUAAAUGAAUUAAUCGUGUUACGUUUUUUAAUUUAAGACAAGUUAUCGUGACGUUAUGAAGUUGUGAUGAUUUUUAAGGACAUUCUUUCCAGGAAAUCAAAUUCUUCUAAGUUUUGUCUUUAGCAAAAACUUGAGUAAAAAGAUAAGAAUAAAGUUAUGAAUAUUUUGUAUUCCCAAAACAUUUCUUCAGAAUGUUCUUAAGUUUGAAAAUAAGAAGAAAAUAGUAGUUACAGAGAUUUUUUUUUCUUAAGACUCUUUCAUGAAUCCGGCCUUGGGUUUUCAGUGUUUGUUUACAAGAUGGGGUCUGUGUUUGUGCUGUGUGCAGUCCGGACAGUCAGUGAUUCACAUGAUUCAGUGAUUCAGUCAAUGUUUGAUUCACAUGGUUCAGUGAUUCAAUCAAUGUUGGAUUCACAUGAUUCAGUGAUUCACUCAUUGUUAGAUUCACACGAUUCAGUCAAUCAGUCAAUGUCGGAUUCACGAUUCAGUGAUUCAGAUCAGUCAGUGUUGUGGUUUAGAUGUGUUUUAUGUCUCAUUAGUUAGUGAACAGAAUCAGUACAAUUGCUGUGAAUCGCCAAUGGUGUCAAUGCUGAAACAUUUUCUCCAUGUGAUCUCUGUAGAAAAAAAACACUGAUAUUUCAUGUUUAUAACAUCUAAAGUUGAAGAUUUUCACAGUUCACGAUGAGGCCAGCACAGAGAUGUAUAAAGUUUUGUGAAUUUGCAAUAUCAUUUUGUGAUCAUACACUGUGUUGAAGGCCUGUGAGAUGUACAGAUGCACAGAUGAAUGAAUCGCCGUCACUAAUCACACUAAUGAAACGGAUGAUUGACGGAUUCUUAAUCAUAUGGCCAUAAAAGUACAACAAGAGCCUGUUUUUACUUCACUGCUCUGUAAAUAACGUUUAUUAUCCACUGUUAUGCUAGAUUGAAACAAUAACUGCAUGAAAAACCUUGGGUCAAAGGUCAUGUUUACGUUGACAUUAUAGUUUUAAAAUAAAAGUUGUUUGUAAAACUUC